GUUUUAGGGAACUGUUCUGCUGGGUAUUACUGUCCGCAAGGAGAAUCAACACCAAACCAAAAUCUGUGUACAGUUGGACAUUACUGUCCAGAGCACACAAAUUCACCUAUACUAUGUCCAAGCGGUUGGUACCAAGAUGAAACUGGACAAUCAGAUUGUAAGAUAUGUCCUGGUGGAUACUAUUGUGAUAAUAGUAAUGGUGUAGUUGUUAUUAAUGAAACAAUUACAUGUCCAUCUGGCUACUACUGUCCGCCAGGUAUUGAUCAAUACCCAUGUCCUCUUGGUACAUUCAAUAACAAUACUGGUUUGAACACCAGUCAGGAUUGUAGUCCUUGUCUUGGUGGUUUUUACUGUGGAGAAGUCGGAAAAGAUUCACCAACUGGACCAUGCGAUGCAGGUUACUUCUGUAAACGAUUUGCUAUGAUGCCAACUCCUAAUCAAACUGUCGAUGCUGAUAUCUGUCCACAAGGUAGCUACUGUCCACAACAAACAGCUUCACCAGUACCAUGUCCUCCAGGCACAUAUGGUAGUUCUUCGAGACUCACUGCUGAAAAUGAAUGUACCGUUUGUCUGGGAGGCUGGUAUUGUCAAACUCAUGGUCUCACCACACCAACUGCAGAAUGUGAUGCUGGAUUCUACUGUCCUGGUGGA